AUGCCCAGUUUCUUCUCUGGUGUGACAGGCAAGAGCAGCGCAACUCUUUUCGAGAUUCGCCUUGACAAUGAAGUUAUAAUCCUUCGGGGAGAAGAGCAUGAGGCCUCAAGUCAAAUUCUCAAGGGCACCGUGGUUUUGUGCCUCCCAGCCGCCUUGAGGAUUGAAGAUGUACAUCUGCGAAUGACUGGAAAUCUAAAGGUCGGAUGGACCGAUAUGCGCAUGACGGCGAGCGGAGUUUCGACCGACCGAGUCAGCAAAAGUACGGAAAUAUUCAGCCACAGAUGGCCAGCAUUUGAUCUUGGCAAUGGGCCCGGAUCCUCUUCGAAACACACAUCAACACUACUAGCCGGAAAUUAUGAAUGGCCAUUCGAACUUGUAAUACCGGGGUCUAUGGCAGAGAGUGUUGAAGGUCUGCACGAAAGUCAUAUUGUAUACAAGCUGAAGGCCACGGUGGCUAGGGGGAAGCUCGCAUACGAUUUGCACGCCUGGAAACCAGUUCGUGUGGUGCGGACUUUGGAUCCAUCUGCUUUGGAAUUGGCACACGCCAUGACGGUCGAAAAUGUCUGGCCAAACAAAAUUGAGUACCAGCUCAUAAUUCCUCAAAAGGCAAUCAUCUUUGGGACAGCGAUCGACGUUGAAAUGAGAUUCACGUCAUUACUCAAAGGGUUAAAAAUUGGCCAGAUCAAGUGCCUUCUUAUUGAAGAACAAGAAUUCAGACUUCCCGGCCUCACAACACAGUCAGAGAGGAGGCAUAAGCACACCAGAGAUAUUGAUAACUGGACGUUCGAAAUGAAUGAUGAAGAACAUUAUCAUGACCUGUUAGAAGACGGACAAGAUGGUUAUGUGUUAAAAGAGCAGAUGCCACUGCCCAAGAAACUCAGCCGCUACAUUCAGGACGUCGAGGUUCACGGCAUUAAAAUACGCCACAAGGUCAAAUUUACGGUUGCUUUGCACAACCCAGACGGGCACAUUUCAGAACUUCGUGCAACACUUCCUGUCACGGUAUUUAUUUCACCGAAUAUGCCCCUAACUUCCGAUGGGGCUCUUGUCGACCAAACUCCGAUGAGCACACAAUCAAUAGAUAUUGUACAACACGCUCCACCACUAUAUGGAGAACACCUUUUGGACCAACUCUAUGCCGAUAUGGAUCAGACCGGCCUAAUGACACCAGCACUUCAAUCCGGAAUGAACACGCCCUUUUAUAACCAGUCACGGUAUGGCUCAUCGGAGAAUCUUUCUUCAAGCCUUGAUGGAGCUGCUCAUCCAGAUGGUGCAGUUCCACCUGCAGCUUUGUCAUCUAGACUUCAGAAUUUGAAUUCUAUGUCGCGUAACAGCAGUUUCGUAGGAAGGUAUCCAGGCAAUAAUUCGGGAGGCAACACCCCACACCAUCACUCUCGUGAUAGCGAAGCAAGCCACACGCCAACCAAUGGGAUCUCUGGGCAUCAAAGUAAUCCAUUAAGUCGUCGAACCAGUCAGGAAGAGGAUCAUCCAGCGGUGGUGUCGAAUAUGGCGAGUGGCCAGCAUACCCCUGAGCAUAUCGACUUUUCCGAUCUCGGAGAUCUGUCCAAGGUGCCCUCGUACGCGACGGCUGUCAAAACGCCAGUGCGAGGUAUGAGUUACAGCGACGCAUUACCAAAUUACAACGCUGCUACUUCAGCUCCUCCAAGUCCGCAACGCACUCUUACGAACCCUUAUUUCGUUGGAGCUGAAUUGAUGAUGACCAGCGGGGCCUCAACUCCCCAUCGAGAAAGGGGAAACCCGAUGGCGAGUCUUGGCUUCACACCUAUCCAUCCGGUGACGCCUUUACAUCUCCCCGCAGCUGCACAUACGGGAGAUACAGAUGAGGAGCGGAGACUACACAUACUUCAACAUAGAGACCGACAUUGA